AGAAAAUCCAGCGCCGCUUGGACUCAUUCCUGAUGCCCAACCUGGAGAUAGCGACCAAGUUCAUACUGACGCCCGACAUCCACGACGCCAUUCUGAUCCAGGGCGUCGCUAUCGAUAGCGAGACGCAGGAGUACCUGGUCGGACCCAUGUACGUGCCUCGCACCACUCGCAGGCUCAGCUUCCCUGGAAUCUUUCACCACCGGGUGAGGCCAGUGGUGAUAGUGAUGGCCGACAAGCGCUAUCGCUUGCCAGCCGAGAUUGACUGGUUGCAGCCCACCGAAGGCGGUGAUAAAAACUACGACGAGUACAUGAACCAGGAGUUCGGACAGGAGCAGAUGUACAUCCAGGAGGACUACUGACCUGCUCCGGAUGGCUCGCCCGUUAGAAGCCGGCGUCAUCUGCGCCUUCGUGAAGCGUCUGUAAAUAACGUUUAGCGAAAAUGUACACCGCGGAAAUUCGCGAAACGAAACGUGGGCGGUUACCCCCGAGUGCGCAUUUUCUUUGUGUGUGUGCGCGCGCGAUGAUUUUCACAAGCCAAAUGAAAGCGAGUUAGUGAACUCGCGGGCUUGAAACUUAAUUCGUUUUUCAUUGUUAUUUCUGGUGGUCAUUGCGUUUCGAAUUCUAUUUAAUAGUAUUCGACGAUCGGUUAUCUACAUAGUGAGCAAAGCACGACGGUACGUUCA